UCACCGCCUGACCUCGCCCGGGGAGGCGCCGCCGGUGCCGCGCGCGGAUUUUGGGCUCUGCGGGUGCCUGGGCCACGGCUGUUCAUGGCAAGAUUGAUGUGCAGGUCCCAGAGCAGCCGGGCAGUGUGAGCUGGGAGGCCAUGGCGGGGUUCCUGGACAACUUCCGCUGGCCGGAGUGCGAGUGCAUCGACUGGAGCGAGCGCAGGAACGCCGUGGCCUCCAUCGUGGCCGGGGUGCUGUUUUUCACAGGCUGGUGGAUCAUGAUCGACGCCGCCGUGGUUUAUCCCAAGCCGGAGCAGCUGAACCACGCCUUCCACACCUGUGGGGUCUUCUCCACGCUGGCCUUCUUCAUGAUAAAUGCUGUAUCCAAUGCACAGGUGAGAGGAGACAGCUACAGUGAUGGAUGCUUAGGAAGAACAGGUGCUCGGAUCUGGCUCUUCAUCGGCUUCAUGCUGAUGUUUGGAUCCCUCAUUGCUUCCAUGUGGAUUCUCUUUGGAGCAUAUGUCACACAGAACACUAAUGUGUACCCUGGCUUAGCAGUGUUUUUCCAAAAUGCAUUAAUAUUUUUCAGUACUCUGAUCUACAAGUUUGGAAGGACAGAAGAGCUGUGGGGCUGAGCUCCCCCUGGGCUGGUCCAUAGUUACCACGUGGUUCUCUGUAUGUAGAUAAUUUACAGUUCUUUGUUCUUGGUUUGCUUUCCAAACCCUGGACUGAGACAAAUCCCAGGCUCUGUAAGAAGCUCCUCUUCUCCCAGGACACACUUGUGAAUAUGUACAUAGGACUGGAUCUCUUCCCAAGGGAAUGGCAGCCUGCCAGGCCUUCCUGCUGCAAUCUUCAGCCUUCUUCCUUCCACCCCAAGGCUUUCCACCAUUUCAUCCUCCAAACCUCCCCCCGUGUCUGAGGCUUCAGUGAACUGUCAGUGAGCAAACAGGACAAAGCCCAUCCCUGGAACAGGACCAGGCCCAUCCCUGGAGCAGGGGCUGUGCUGGGAUAAGAGCUGAUUUUAAGAUUUUAUAUUAUUGUUCAGGUGAAUAUAAAGUAGCUUUCUUUUUUGUUUGUUUUUUUGUAAAAGGUUACGGUUUUUAAGCAAGUCCCUACACUCGGCAGGUUCUGCAUGGCAAUCAAACUCCUCCUGACCUGUGAUGGCUCUGGCACAAAGGACAUUUGCUGGCACCACAGUCCUUGGAAUUAAUUUCAUGCUGCUCAGUGUAAGAGAUACCAAUUGGUAUUUAAUGUAUUUCCUGAUAUUAGAAUAAAAAACUCCAACAAAC